UUGUGGCGUGCGUCGAUUAUUGAACUACGUUUAGGCCCAGUUGUUCGGCGGGUGAUGUUCGUGCUGAUAUCAGAGACUUAUUGACAUUAAUGGUCACCGAUGAUUUUGUUGUUGGGCGAUGGAGAGAUGACACAAGGAACUCCUGACGGUCACCACAACCUUUCAAAGGUUCGUCUGCUACAAAACAAACUUCUUGAAGCAGACGACAAAUCGGCAAUCGAGUCGUGGAAGAGCGUAUAUCGAAACAACUCGAGGGUUACCUCGGCUAAAAAUGGAAGGGAUCCCUUGUGCUACGAAAUUACGGGAUGGAUACCCAAAAACAUAAAUUUUCGCAAGACUGGCAAAGAAGGAGAAAAAGGGAAGGAAGGAUCGAAGGACAAGGAUUCGAGAUCAAAAGCAAAUCACGGUGAUAGAUACGAUAACUUUGUUUUUAGUCACUACAGAGAUCCUAAGAAAUACAUUUUACAGUACAGGGAACAGCAUUCAUUCUUCGACCCUCUGAGCGCGGCCGCUAAAAAACGUUUACAUGGGAAUAAUUAUAUACCCCCACAACAACAACAACUACUACAAAAUGACAACCCGUCACCAAAUCAACGAACACAGCACAAUUUUCAUUACACUCGCCGCGAAUCCCAGAAACUCACCAAAAUUAAGAGAGAUGAUUCCAGUCCGUCUGACAGCAACACCACUGAUGGCAAUACGGGCACCGAGCUGGAUUCUUACAGAGACAAGCUGAAAGUUGUGGGAUCAAGAAGCUCUCGAACCGAGAAUUCAGAAAGUUCUCCCGUCAGUCUCAGCAGAGUCACGGUUCCGGCCCCAUUGACUCUCCCACAGACCAAUGUUGGUGUUAAGCAAACCACGUCUGUUAGUAAUGGAACACAAACGCCGAACAUAAAGCCUGAAUGUCAGCAAAUUGGACCAAGGACUUUAGAUACACUGACAUGCAUUGCCGACGACAAACAGUGUCUGCUGACGCCAAGAAGCAUCGACAGUCUAACAUGGCGCGAACAACUUGACGCCUUGCGUCAAAUCCGACCUCGAAUGAAAUCGAAAAAGCGAAGCGCGAGGCUGUUCUUCUUUAAAGAGGACGGUGCGUUUCAUGUGCAGGGCAGUAACGACUGUUUCUCUAUAGAAAAAUGUCCCGAGGACUUCGACCCGAUGAACAAGGAACAGGUGUCACAGCAGCGAAGGAUACGACAUCUCGUGGAACAAUCCAAAUUAAAAUGUGCAGCAAACUUUGUUGAUGCCUCAUCUUCUUCUGAUGCGGCGAAGGGCAAAUCUGGAAACGUCAGUGCUGGGCAAAUUGAAUCCGUAAAGACUCAUUCUACGUCGGAUAAGAACUCAGGAAGUAGUGCUAACACGUCAUCAGCUCCAGAUGUCAAGGCGGAUGGUGGUUCGUCGGAAGGAGGUGUUUCCGAGGACAGUGGGGCACAAGUGACGAAGUACUGCCCGAGUUUAAUCUGGCGGCUGCCUAAAUAUCAGUUCUCAUACACGACAAUAUCACACCUUCAGCGUUCGCAUACUUGUGUUCCAUCUGAUCGAAGAUUCUAACCAGUUUCAGGCCAAUUGGAUGACGACAAAAUAUACAAUUUUGUCCAGAUAUUAUACACAUGUAUAUAGUUGCAGGGUUUAAGCUGGACUAAAAAAAACCCAUCAAAAUCAUUGGGGGGGGGGGUUAAUUUAGACUGCAAAAUGUGAGUAUUUUGGCGAAUUUGGACAUGAACUCUUUAGCCAGUUAGCCAGACGGCCAGAAUGGCACUUAAUCUGCAAACGGCAUGCGAUGUUUGGAUAAGCGUUUUUGACGAAUUAAUCAUUAUAUAGAUUCACCAAAUUCAACUUUUAAUUCAUAUUUGACGAACGACAGCUUAAACCCUGAGAUAUUCAAAAUAUAUACACAAACAAAACUAACCUUCGAAGACCUCAGCUAUUUUGUUAACCAGCUGCUAGAAAACUGACAAUGAAGCCACCCAAAUAUAAAAACAUUUUCACUGGUACCCCACUCCACAAUGAUUUUAGCUUUAUGCCCCCCCCCCCCCCCCCCCCCCCCCCCCCCCCCACACACACACACAUACACUUCAGAUAUAGUUACUGGACAUGACUUUGCUGGUGUAUUUCAAUGAAAUAUUCUUCUAGCAAAUGGCGAGCUCUACCUUCGUGUAUUUGUUUAUAUGUAUACCUAUUCAGAAGUUUAAAAGUUUGUUUUUGUUUAACGACACCACUAGAGUAUAUUUAUUUAUUAAUCAUCGGCAAUUAGAUGUCAAACAUUGGAUAAUUUUGACAUAU